AUGAAGACCUCGGGGAACCACCCCGUCCUUGGGGUGUUCUGCUGUGCUUUCUGUUUGCCUUUGGUAGCUUCCUUUGAAAAAGUUACCAUCCCAGCAGAGCUGAGGACAGCCGUGGCAGAAAUCGCUGUCAACACCACGUCCUGCAGUGUCACCUGUGGCCCGGGCUUCAAGCUGGAGAGGCUGUGCGAGGUGACUGCCACUGGAGAGAGGAGGAACUGCACCAUGCGCCGCUCGGGCUGCCUGACCACCUGGGCUUGUGGCAUGGUGCACUUCACCAUCCCGGUGGGCAAACCCUUCCAGUUCAGCUGCCUGACCUCGGAUGAGGUGGGCUUUAGGAGGGAAGUCUAUUUCUAUACCUGGAGGUUUGCCCAGAGCCUCAUCACCAUGAACGACAUGAUGUUCAAACCUUUCAGAAACUCCCAGGCUGUGGUCAGGCUUUCCCCUGCCAGGGAGUCUGAUGCAGGGACUUACCGGUGUGAUAUGCAGAUGGUGAAGACGUUCAGAGUCAUCAAGAGGAUCUACUUUGGGGUCAGAGUCAUCCAGAAUGAAUUAGUGAAUCUGAACUUCCAAAAAUCCUUGACUUGGGAACAGAAGUUAGCAGCCGACAAGGAGGGAGGAAGCACAGAAAACAGUGCCCAGGAAGAAGGGCAGGAACAGCAGCAGUGCUGGCAAGGAAGAGUGUUUUAUGACUACCUGGUAGGAAUUGGAAGUGGAGUGAUAGGGGGUACCCUAGUGGGCAUGAUUCUCUGCUGUGUGCAGAGGAUUUUGAGGAGAGCUGCAAAUAAACCAGCUAAGAUUUAG